UACACCGCGUUCGGCCCUCCCUACGGGCGGGCCCUGCUAAAGCCCCUCCUGCUACAGUCAGCAGGAACCCGGAAGCGGGUGGUGCUGGAAUCGGAGCUUAUUUCCUGCCCGGGAGACACUGGCCAGGGUGGAAUCAGUGGAAAAACGGACCUGAUCCGGAGCCAUGACUCACCAGACCGGCAUCCACGCCACGACAGAAUUAAAGGAUUUUUUUGCCAAGGCCCGGAACGGUUCUAUUCGCCUCAUCAAAAUCGUUAUCGAAGAUGAGCAGUUGGUGCUUGGAGCCUACAAAGAACUCUCUCGGCGUUGGGAUAAGGACUAUGACUCUUUUGUCCUGCCACUGCUGGAUGAACUUCAGCCGUGUUACAUUCUCUACCGCCUGGACACCCAAAACGCGCAGGGCUAUGAGUGGCUAUUCAUCUCCUGGUCUCCUGACAACUCACCUGUUAGACUGAAGAUGCUUUAUGCAGCAACCAGAGCAACAGUGAAGAAAGAGUUUGGAGGAGGACACGUAAAGGACGAGCUCUUUGGAACGGUUAAGGAAGACAUCUCACUCAGUGGUUACCAGAAGCAUGUGUCGUCAUACUCUGCUCCAGCUCCUCUGACUGCAGCUGAACAAGAGCUUCAGCAGAUCCGCAUCAAUGAGGUCAAGACUGAAAUCAGCGUUGAGAGCAAGCACCAGACACUCCAGGGACUGGCUUUUCCUUUGCAGCCAGAAGCUCAGCAAGCCAUUCAGUUACUAAAACAUAAGAAGAUCAAUUACAUCCAGCUGAAGCUGGACCUGGAGCGGGAGACCAUUGACUUGGUCCACACGCAUGCCACUGAGAUAGCAGACCUGCCUAAAAGAAUUCCUCAGGAUUCUGCCCGUUAUCACUUCUUUCUGUAUAAGCACUCUCACGAGGGAGAUUAUCUAGAGUCAGUGGUGUUUAUCUACUCCAUGCCUGGUUACAAAUGUAGCAUCAAAGAGCGCAUGCUGUACUCCAGCUGCAAGAGCCGACUGCUUGACUCUGUGGAGCAAGAUUUCUGCCUGGAGAUUGCAAAGAAGAUUGAAAUUGAUGAUGGCGCUGAGCUGACAGCAGAGUUCCUGUAUGACGAGGUCCACCCAAAGCAGCAUGCCUUCAAACAGGCCUUUGCCAAACCCAGGGGGCCUGUGGGAAAGAGAGGACAGAAGCGACUUAUCAAAGGACCAGGCGAGAAUGGUGAAGACAGCUAGAUCCUAGCGGACAGGAGGACGGGUCAGGAAAGGGGCUCUGGAGAUCUACCAGCCUCCAGAAUUGCAGCUGCAACCAAAUCCACCUCUCUGCAUCUGAGCCUGUCCACUCAACUCCAGAGCAGUUUCCUCCACCUCCUUUCAAGUCAUGUCCACUUGGUUUCAUGGGGGGGGGGAGGUAGGAAUCUGAGGGCGGAGAGGAAGAGGGAGAACUGUUGAGUGCCUUCUCUUCCUUUUUGCUCUGUUGUGUAACUCCUGAGAGGGGAAACCUUAAUUGUUCUUGAUUGAAAUGACUCUUAAAACUGAUGCUCCUGUUACUGCUUCAUGUUGUCACCUGGUUUACUUGGAAUCUGCACCACUCAAAGACUUUCUUCACCACUUAUCUGUGGGUGCUAUUCACAUCCAAAGAGCAGAACUACCACCGCCACCUGAAAAUAAAACUCAAAAUGCCCUUUCUCUCACUGUUAUAAAACAUUGUAUUAAUGGCCCAUGAAACUCCCACACUGUUAACAGCCAUUCUGUGGCAAGAUGGUGUGUUUGCCUAGGUACUCAGUACUCACUAUUUGAGGUUUAAGGAGUGUGGUCCAGGGAUUAACAUUGCAUCAGAUAUCUCCUCCCUUCCCCACUUUUUUGUUCAGUUUAAGCCUGUGGAUUUGGUGGGGAAAGUGCUAGAGGUUAGUGGGAUUUGCUGAAAAGGCAGAGGCAUGUUAUUUGGAUGAAGAAAAGCUGUUCAUUUCCAUGCAACUAAAGGAGAGGCAGAUGUUCCUGAUAGUGGCCCUCAUUUCAUCAGUGAAUAAUCUUAACAUCAAGUUUCCAGGCCUUAACAGGUAGCCUUGUUUGUGGCUAGAAGGUGAAUUUCCACCACAAAUCUACAGACAGAGAUUGGAUUUUACUGAAAGGAGUUCUGUCACUGUCUGCUUUAUGACUUUUAUAAAGCUAUCAAUUGGAGACCACAAUUUUCUUUGUUUUCCUCUCUCUUCAGCCUCACUUUGAUGGCUCACUGCCUUCUGUUGCAGCCACAUGAGAAGGAAGACAAGAGUAAUUAGAAAGAGUGAAGCCUAAUCCCAGUCCAGUUCCUCAUGGGGGCUGUUUGACCUUCCAAGUUCAAGGCUGCAGCGUGUGUGUUUUUCAAGUCGCCUCCAUGCAUAGCUGUGGUAUACUUUGCCACACCAGCAUCUCAUCCUGCAUUGGCUCCCAGCCAAAUGCUGCAUUGACUUGCUUAGGUCCUGCUCUGACUUAAUGAGAUAGCGAGCUUCAUGAACUGCCUUUUCUCAAGCUAGAUGGUUCCAAAUGUUGCAUCCAGUUGGGCUUUGCUGUAAAGCCACCCAGUUCCUUGGCCCAGAGAUACGUUUGCUCUGAUGUUGUCCUCUCUCCCCUGCACCCUAGAUUGUGUCACCCAGCAAUUGCAUCCCUUUGUUGUAAUCCAGCGCUGCACUCACACACAACUGUAGGUUACAAUGCAAGAUCAUGCUGAUCCUUAGCUAUACAGUAGAGCUUUGCCAAGCUAAGGGAACAUGAGCACUUUCACAGGCUGCUGAACACAGAUUGGGUUGUGUUCUUCAGAGAAUGUGCUUUGCCCACAGGCUUAUUCAUUCCUUGUGAUGGAUGUUGUUUACCAUGGCACUAACGUUCUGUGCCCAAGUGACUGCUGUAGAUCCAUGUAAACCAGGUAGAAGCAAAGGACAGCUGAUGGUGUGAUAGUGUUACCCAUGUACAGAGGUGACUGGAGCAGCUCAUGAAUGAAGGACAAUUGAAUUGCCAGGGCUGGUGGUAGAAGAAGACUUCUCAAUCUGCUCUGAAGGCUAGAGAAGAAGUAGGCCAUAAGCUAGCUCAAGCAAGCAAUGUGAUCUGGAUUGGGCACUUCUGAAAAUCGUUGUAGUAGAUGUGUUCAUUCCAUGGGGGUCUCUCAAUUUAAUGUGCAUGAUUAAAAUUCUUCUGACCCCUGGGGAAUUUCUUAGUGGUCUGUUUUGUAUCUCAUUAAAAAAAACCCACACAAAUGUUAAGCCUUUUUUAUAUAACAGAGCCAAUUGUAUAGUGUUAGCUUGAUUGCUUUGAAUUUUGAUUGCUUCCCCUGGCCCCCCUUUUUAAUAAAGUCACUGUAUUCUUUUGAA